CACUAACCAAAGAGGGCCUAGUCCCUAUUGUCAUUUCGAGUACAGCAAUACCCUCCCCUCUUCCUUGGAUCCAUCCAAAAUCAAAUCCCUCUUUUCUUUCGCUACAUCUAAUCAUCCAGUUACGUGCUUGAUGAUUCUUCAGUAAACCCUAAAUCUCAACUCCAAAAGAGUAGCUAGCUGCAGUAAAUAGUGAACUGCUUCUUUCUCUGCAACAAACCAAAGUCUCAUUCCUAUGCUAGUUUCCUCCAUUAUACAAAGUGAGAGAUUGAGAACGAGAGAGAAAAUGAUGGGUUUGGGUGCACUCAGAAACAUGAUUCGCCCAUUUGCAAGAACAGUUUUGAAUCAAAGCGUGGAACGUUUUCCUCUCGAGAUUUCAUCAGCUUCAUCAACUUCUUCAACACCAGAGUUAAGGUCCGUUUUCAGUUGGUUUUUGAACCAAAGAUGUCAAUCAUGGAUGAUUAACAGAUCAAAUGAGUUUCAUAGCUUAACCGAUACUCGAUUGCCUAAGAGAAGACCUGGUUUUACUAAUAGAAGGAAGCGAGCUGGCUUGAAACCCCCAGGUCCAUAUGCUUGGGUUCAAUACACACCUGGAGAACCACUACUUCCAAACACACCUAAUGAAGGUAGUGUUAAGAGAAGGAACGAGAAGAAGCGAAUUGGACAGAGAAAAGCGUUUAUAAAGUCUGAAGCAAAGAAACGAAAAGUUCUGGUGCAAGAAGCUAAGAGGAAGAAGAUCGAGAAAAGAGUUGAGCGUAAGAUGGCUGCAGUAGCAAGGGACAGAGCAUGGGCUGUAAGAUUGGCAGAGCUGGAACAGCUCGAGGCAGCUAAAGCGGCGAAAUCGUAAUUGCUGGUUAAUCUCAAACCAAACGAAGAAGCGUAUCUGUAAACAAUGUAUUGCUCCUUGAUAUGGGGACCUGAUUUGACAUUGAAUCCAGGUCCUUGAACUUUGUCACCUCGCUUCUUGCCUUUUUUUUACCUUUCGUCUAAAGGUGAAAAUACCCUUUGUCCGGAAACUUUUGACCCUUUUUACCUAGACUAUAUUUUAGUAGGUGACACUCCACAAGUUGAGAACAAGUUAGAAAUAUUUAUGUUAGUUGCAAAAUAAAGAUGGCCUUGGAACUUUUAGUUUGGUUACCCACUUUUUUAUUUUCUUUGCAAUAUGAUAUGGCGGUAUCAAUGAUGCUAACUGAAAAUAGGGUUUU